AUGUAUAACAUGAUGGAACACGAGCUGAAGCCUUCUGGGCAACAGCAGCAGCACCAAACCUCCCAGGGCAUGUCCCCGGUCACCGGUAACAUUGGCAACUCUCACCCGGGGUCCAAAUCCGUAUGCCCUCCGGGCGGGGACCCCAUGGACAAGGUCAAAAGGCCCAUGAAUGCCUUCAUGGUGUGGUCCAGGGGCCAGCGCCGCAAGAUGGCCCAGGAGAACCCCAAGAUGCACAAUUCUGAGAUAAGCAAGCGGCUGGGCGCCGAAUGGAAGCUGCUUACAGACGCGGAGAAGCGGCCGUUCAUCGACGAAGCCAAGCGCCUCAGGGCAGUGCACAUGAAGGAUUAUCCCGACUACAAGUACAAGCCACGGCGCAAGACCAAGCCCCUGCUCAAGAAGGACAACCAGAUGGCGAAGUACCCUCUCUCCGCCGGGAACCUGCUGGCCGCGCAGGGCCAAGGUGGGAGCGCUAGAAUGGAGAGCUACGGAUGGGGCCCAGCGGGAGGUUACGCGGGGAUGCAGAACGAGGCCCUCGGCUACACUCAGCAGCUGCACCGCUACGACCUGUCCGCGCUCCAGUACCCCCAGGCCAUGACGGCAGCACAGACGUAUAUGAAUGGAGCCAACACCUACAGGUAGGCUAUGUUCUGUUCCAUUCUUCCACAUGUUCUGGUGUUAAAUGACUUGAGGGACAACAUGUAGCGUCACAUGCACAUGGACUACACAUAAUUCCAGUUUAGGUAAUGAUAGUUUUAAGUUAAAAGGUUUGCGGGUACUUCUUGUUUUUCCAUUAUGCCCGUUGUAAUUGUGGACACCCAGGCAACAUCAGCUCCACUAAAUUGAGCAUUUCAUUCGAUUGUUAUUUGGUUUAUUAAGUAUUAUAAGCUUGAAGAGGUCACCCUCAUAAACCUUGGUCUACUUCAACACUUGCUUGAACGUUUGUAUCCUGCUAUGAAUGGCCUCUCUCUCUGUGUGUAUGUGUAAAAUCUGAAUUGGAAGAUUUGAUAUCUGUAAUGAUAACCAGGCACUUGAUAUCUGUAAUGAUAACCAGGGCACUCACUUUCUCGAAGUGAAACAGUGGAAGGCUAUGGCUAUUGAAGAUGACGAAUCAAUGUUCCAAUAAUCAAAACCAAUUGCUUAAUCCCAUGAAAUGGUCUCGGGUAUAGGCUACCCUUAGGCCUAAUUACAACAGCACAAUAAUACGUUGUGGUUGAUUAUUCUGAAAGCCAAGAAAUUAUUAAACCCUUUAUCAUUACUUUUGCUUUUUACUGCGUUGUCAAUUGCAGUAGGCCUAUUUCAAUAUUUGUAGGCUUUACCUAUUCUAUUUCGUUUUAGUUGUGUUAAAAUAUCUAUUAGACAAUUAGAAUAAUGUUUUUUAUAAUGAAGGGUAUUUUUUUUAUCCCACCUACAUUUACAUUUACGUCAUUUAGCAGACGCUCUUAUCCAGAGCGACUUACAAAUAGGUGCAUUCCCCUUAUAGCCAGUGGGAUAACCACUUUACAAUGUUUUCACCUAGUUGAUUGAGUUAUUAUAGUUUAGUCAAUCAAAUGGGCAAACACUUCAACACACUCACACAAGUGAAUCUGAUAAUCUGUCAUCUGUUUGUUGCAAAACUGGAUCUGCUGGCGUGUCAGAAAUUAAGAUUAAUUAUAACCCAUGUCAUGACUCACAACAAUGAUCACCCACCCCAGCACAGAGCCAAAACGUUUGUUUUCUCUUUGCAAUUUUUUUCUUCAGAAAAAGACUAAAUAUACUGCACAUUUUUAAUGAUUAUCAUUUUUAUUAUUUUUUCCAAAGGACCAGUAUAGGCCUAAAACCCUUAAGUUAGAACUGUAAUUAACUUUUAAUUAAUUAAAAUAUUAUACCUUUUGUCUUCAGAACUUUACUCAAUAUUAAAUAGGUUAUUCGUUUGAGUUUAAUUUAGGUUAAGUAGGUUGUUUACUUGUUUUCAGGCCUAUGGAAUGAGCAUGUGAAGAGGCCCACUAUGGGAGUGUGUGUGGUCCUUUACCCACAAUCCUCUAGUCCGCUUCAGUGCCUUCUCCCAGACCUCUUCUAGAGAAGCCAGUGAAUUUAAAACAAAACAAAAAAGCAUACUCUUAACAUUUAACCAACUCCUUUUCAGUCUUAAGAUAUUUCAAAUUUUCUCUCCUGAAGUUUUUCUUUGGUUUAUGGUGAAUUCUGAUUUAGAUGUGAGCCUAAAUGAGAAUGUCGUUCACUUCCCAGUGCAGUAGUCAUGUUGGUGGCCUAACCAGUCUGGACCUGCCCUAGCUGUCCCCAGCCCAGGCCCAAGCCCCAUGCCUUUUGUAAACAUGGUGAAUUCCAUCACGUGUAUAGGGCUCUCCCUUCGGGUGACUGGCAGUUCCUUUUCUGUUGGUCACAUCAAUCAAGUCUGUCAGUCUGCAGGGUGAUUGGAAGUUAUUUUCUAUUGGUCACAUCAGUCAAGCCUGUAAUGCAACAUAAUCAUUUUUAUUCAGAUGGGUUGGUCUUUCAAUCAAUAAGCCCUUUUUUUAAAUUAUAGCUAUAGUCCCUCCUGUAGCUCAGUUGGUAGAGCAUGGCGCUUGCAACGCCAGGGUUGUGGGUUCGAUUCCCACGGGGGGCCAGUAUGAAAAAUGUAUGCACUCACUAACUGUAAGUCGCUCUGGAUAAGAGCGUCUGCUAAAUGACUAAAAUGUAAAUGUAAACCCACUGAAUCGCAAAUUACACCGUAUUGAGUUUGAGGCUAUUUCAAGAGGAUGCAAUGUUACAGAACCUUCCAUCUGAUGCUUUAAAGCGCUUUGAGAUUCUUUAUGUAAUGAAUAGUGCUAUGAAAGUUGCUGUUAUUAUUUAUUAUUAUUAUUAGUGUAAUGGGUCUGUUCUAUAUAUGCUACAAUUCUACCUGAAUUCAACUUCAGUUGCAUGGCUCAGAAUGUCACAUCGUAGCACUUUACACUGUAGCAUGUCACACUGUGGCAUUGCAUGGCAUAACAUUGAUAUUGUCCAGUCACUAACCGUACCUCUCGCCUCCCCAGCCCCAUGUCCUACAGCAGCAGCUCCCAGCAGCCCAGCCCAGUCAUGUCCAUGGUGAAGCCAGAGCCGGUGUCACACUCCCCGACUGGUGGAACUAACCUCCACCGCGGGCCACUCCAAGGGGACCUGAGGGAUAUGAUCAGUAUGUACAUCCCCGGCGGGGACACCAGUGACCCGGCCGCCCAGAGAGGAGGCUACAGUGUCCAGCAACACUAUCUCAGUGGGACCGUUCCCCUCACUCAUAUCUAGGGGCCGGUGUUGGUAGUGUCUGGGACUGAUGUUGGGUGUGCCCGGACACAAGUUAAAACGCACCCCCCGAACUGAACACCACAUCCUCAGACCCACUCACGAUGGUCCCGUGUUGCAUUAUAAACGGCAGUGACUUAAUAUGAAAGGUUAUUUUUCUACCUCCGCAAUUUUGACUAGAAUCCCUUCGUCGUCCACCCCGUCCCCUGUCCCAAGACUGGGUGGUUUGUUCAGUCGCCCAUCCACUGUUUGGACGGAGACCUGUCCCUUCUCUGUGAACUAUGAAGGACUGCUGUAUUGUACAUACGAUCUUUACUUCUCUCCAUGAUGAUUGCAACGUUUAAGUGUACAUCUUUUUUUUUUCUCUCUUUGACAAAACUGACCUUGACAUCUUCCAUUCAAAAACUCCCAG